UACCAGUGAUGUUUUAGAUAUGGAGAUGUCCCUGCUUAUUGCAAAGGUUAAUGAUGCCACUGAAGACAGCAUAACAGACCUGACUGAUGAAAUUAUAAACUGUGGAUACACAGGAGUUGUGUCUCUGGAAAAGAAGGACCGUAUUGUCAGAGCUAUUGUACUACAUUACACCAUGAGGGUUCUCCCUAUGCUGGAUCAGCUCAGAAAAGGUCUCCAGCUUUACGAUCUAUUGGUUCUCAUGGAGAAGUAUCCUGACAUCUGCCUUCCUCUGUUUGUUCCAGUCCAUUCUGAUGACAGAGUCAACUCUACCUUCAUAAUGGAAAAUUGCAAAACUCUAUUCAGUGAGAAGGGUUCUGUCAGGUAUAGCAACGAAAUAUGCAUCAUGAACUUUUUCCAGGAUUACCUGCAGGACAUUGAGGAUCAUGAAGACGACAAGAAUGUGGAUGAGAGCCAAGCAAAAAUCACUGUUGGCGGGGUUAUGCAGUGGAUUACCGGACAAAGUCACAAACCUAUUCUCCCACGAGAAAAGGAGGAGUUCAAGAUAAUUGUUAAAUUCAAUCAUGACUGUGAUGUAGACCAUACUGUGUGCUUUCCAGUUGUGAGUGCAUGUUCUAGCACAAUAAUAUUUCCAACCGCUCAUGCAAAGACCUUUGAGGAUUUCAAAAACAUUAUGGAUUUAGCUUUAUGUUAUGGACAGUCAUUCGACAGGGUGUGAGACCACCACACUGGUCAGACCUACAACUACAGACAGCUUAAAUUCUUUAAUAGCUUUAAAUUCACAUAGUUUUUCUUCAAAAUAUAUGCUGUUAUUCUGAGAUGUAAAUGAAUGGCUACAGUGACAGCCAUUGCAAAUAAAUAAUAUAACUGA